AUGUCCUGCAGCUGGUUGUUCCUCGUCACAACUGCUCUAAGCGUUUUAGCUGCGCUUGCUGAUAUUGAUUAUGCUCUUGAUUGUGACACUGGUUAUAGAGUAUCGGGGAUUAAACGCACAAAAACAUUCUACAGUGUGCUCGGCUCGCUAACAAUUGAAUGUGAACAAAUUUCCCGCCCAGAUUACACCACUUGUGCGAAGCAACCCAGCAUACCUAAAUGUAACGGGCAAAUAGAAGGAUGUCACGGUGACACAUGGUUGGGCGGAUUUCAUGCGUAUCUUCUCGAAAAUUCCACACAAGCAAUAGUACUGGAUCCGGUAUGCUGCUCAUCACCGCAUGUUCGUAUUGAUUCGUUCUCGUGUAUUAACGAUCAAAUCAAUACCGCUACGAAAGAUUUCUCGCAUUCGUUAGUGUCUGAUUUGACUUAUCGUGGCCUACAAUGUUGGCAUCAGUACAACACGAACCGAACGCUCGUCGAUCUACUUUGGAAAACUGAAAUCUGCCCGUACGAAUCGGUCGAUUUCCCGAUAGUGACCACAGAACAAUUCUGUGAAGAGUGUAAUUGUGCGUGCGGUGUGGAACAAUGUGCGUCCGGGGUAGAACCGGUGCGAAUCAUUCACAAGAAACGGCUUGGGAAAUGCGGUUGUGAUUGUAGAUGUUCAUAUAAAUGUAUAAAGUUCGAUUAA